GCUCGGACAGGAGCUACCUUUUACCUCUGCGUGUGCCCCAGAUGAGCCAGCGAAAUGACUCCCUGCCUACUUUGUACUUUGAGCCCGCAGUGUCGGUAGAUAGUCUAUCAUCCACCGUGCCCUAUAUACAACCUCCACCCCCAGCCUACAUCAAUCCUCCGAGAUACUCCAUAAUGAAGGACCCAGAAACAGCGACGCUAGGCGGUUGCGUGCAUAGGGUGGAUAUAGGAAGACUGCAAGGAAUUGAGAGUGCGAGAACAGGGGCAACAGAGACAGAAGAGGAGAUUUGUUAACCCCCUCUCAAGAUCACACACGUCCAAAACACGCGAUU